AACAGAGUGAAGAUCAGGUUUAAAACGUCAAUACCGGGACUGAGACUUCUGCUUCGUUUUUGCAGCAAUUGAUUGUUACAGGCCAUCGCAUUAACUUACACAUACUGCAAAAAAUGUCUGGAGUAGUGUCCAGAAGUACUCCUGGUUUCAGGAGGAGUUUCAAAGUUCCAAACGCAGACGCACUGCGAUGGUUCCCUGGUCACAUGGAUAAAGGUUUGAAGCAAAUUGAAAGUAAGCUGAGCGUGGUAGACUGCGUCAUUGAAGUUCACGACGCCAGGGUACCACUGUCAAGCCGAAACCCCAAUUUCCGGCACACGGUUUUGGGCAAUAAGCCGCAUUUAUUGGUCCUCAACAAGAAAGAUCUGACCGACAUGAGGUGGCAAAAAGAGGUGGAUGAGCGUCUAAAGAGUGAGCAUGGAAUUUCAGACGUCAUGUACACGUGCUGCAAGAACGACAGGGACAAGAACGUGGACCAGGUCGUGCCUAAAGCGAUAGAAUUGAUUUCCCAAUCGCCCAGGUUCAAUAGGGAAGAUUCUGAAGAGAUGAACUUGAUGAUCAUCGGCGUGCCAAACGUUGGCAAGUCGUCACUCAUCAACAGAAUCAGAAACAAAGUCUUGAAGAAGAGAAAUUCGAAUCCAGUGGGAGCAGAGCCAGGAAUCACCAGGAGCGUGAUGAAUAGAGUCAAAGUGAGCACUUCACCGCAGGUGUUUCUCUACGACACUCCUGGUAUCUUGUCGCCUAAUAUUAAAAACGCGGAGACUGGGCUUCGACUGGCCCUCUGCGCGUGCAUCAAAGAUCAUCUAAUUGGAAUCGAAGUUAUAGCAGACUACCUUCUGUACACUUUGAAUAAACACGGCAACUUCAAGUACGUGGAGAUGAUGGGCCUUGAAGGUCCAACAGACAAUAUUGGCACAUUGCUGACCAAAGGGGCUAUGAAGAUGGACAAAUACGAAAAGCGGAGGAGUCACGAAGGAUACAUAAACCGUCCGCAUUUGUCUGCUGCCGCUGAAAUAUUCGUCCGCGCCUUCCGAGAUAAUAAAUUUGGGCCACUCAUGCUGGACUCAGAUCUGCUUACGAAAAACAACUGAUUUUUUUUCAGCAGAUGUUACUCAGGUGCUUCAUUGGUUAUGGAAUGUAAUAGCGUAUCUGUGAUUUACUUUUGAAGUCAAAAGCGGUCCUGAAAAUUGUUGAUAUAGCACAAACUACUAGCGGAGUGUUUAGAAUCAUUGUGAAUGGACUGUUCCUAAGAGGGUUGACCUUAUACAAAAAAUACAAUUUAAAUAUAACCACAGGCGCACAGACUAGAUUUCUGGUAAAUUGAAAAACUAGUUUUCAAAUUUCUUAAUGUGUACCAAACUUUUGUUGUCUUUCUUUGAACGAUAUGUGUUCUGAAAAUCUGCCAAAGAGUUAAACUCUUAAAAUACUGCAUUAAUAAUUGAUUCAGAUCUUUUUACGCAUUUUACUCACGCAAGGAAAUUUCCUCAUUUCUUGUCAUUUUCUUACUUAACUAAUGCUUGAGGCCAUGAACAAGGGGCUCAGUUUUAACGAAUAUUGAUAGUGUCCGUUCUAAUUCUGAUUCUGAUUGUGACAGAAAGAUUUGAGAACAGAAAUAAAAUAUGAAAAACAACACAAAAGGAAAACAACAAAAUUUUACCAAUGUCUCUACCCUUGAAUGUACACUGGAUCAGGGGUUGCAAAUACCUGAUUUUUUUCAGGAAACUCACUUCAAAAAAAAAAAACAUUAAGCGGGGAAACACGUGCAUUAGCAAAAUACAUUUUAUUGUUGAAUAAUUAAAAACUUAAUAUAAACAAAAUUAAUUUAAACACCACUUAUAUGAAAAGUUAAUGAAUUUUAAUAUUAUAAAUAAUUUUUAAUACCCUGUCUAGUUUUUUGCAAACAUUUUCAUGGGUAUAAUUAGGGUAAAAUGCGGGACUACCCAAAACUAGUAUUUUACAGCGAAUUUUUCCCCAGAAAACAGUGGUGUAAUUUGGCAUGUUGUAAAAUUGGCAUAGAUCCUUUUACAUUACAGGUUACUUAGUUCCUGAAAUAGCUGCUGUCAUUAUAAGACCAUGUGUGAUCCUCAAAUUCCACUAAGCUGUCCAUCCUUUGAACAAUCAAUGUAAAGCAGAGCCAUUUGUAAAAUUAUUUAAAUUUGAAAGAUAGAAAAGCAAAAAUCUACUUUGCAGUUAACGUGAUAGACCAUAAUUCAGGUUUUCCUUUAGAUCAAUGUUCAUAAUGAUUGUUACUGAUGUGUUAUUGUAUUUAAACUCAUUAACUGAAAUAUUUUGAAUCCUUGGUUAUUGAGAAAUCGGAGAAUAAUUUGCUUAAAAUCUUCCAAAUGAGCAGUAGCUCCAGUUGUCAAAGGCUUCAAACACUAAAAAAAUCGCCAAAAAAAUCGUAUUCAAUUAAUUCUUGUACAAUUAUUAGCGUUUCCGUGUUUACUUGAUACCCGUGAUGCCAUGUGUUCGUUGAACCGCUGUGAUUAUUCCUGAUGAAACUUAACUAUAUUCAGUUUACUUGCUGUUGCAAAAUUAAAAAAAAUCUGUUUGGAUGUUGUGAUUUGGUUUUUUAAAUAACCAGUUUGUAGUCUAGACAUAACCACAGCCUCAAGGCUAAUUGUAAGAAAUUCUG